UGCUUGUACGGUCCCAUCGCUCUGACUCAGAGCUCUCACCUUCACCCUCUGCAUCACUUGCACAGCCGCCUCACACCGGCGCCACAUUGUUUCACACAGCACAUUCACAUGGCCCCGAAUCAGAUAUUAUUAUAAGAGUUUUGACUUGGAAGGAGAGACUCGGUAUUGCUCUAGAUGCCGCACGAGGACUAAAUUACCUGCAUUCUCACCGCAAUAUGCCGAUAGUUCACAGAGAUAUAAAGCCAGCCAACAUUUUGUUAGACAAAAGAUUGCAAGCCAAGAUAGGUGAUUUUGGUAUUUCUAGAGCUUUUGCAACUGAAAGUAUCACUCAUGUAUCAACUUUGUCCAAAGGAACAUUUGGAUACCUUGAUCCCGAAUAUCACAAGACAAAACGUCUCAACAAAAAGAGUGAUGUAUAUAGCUUUGGAAUUGUCUUGCUAGAGCUAAUAACCGGUAGAACAGCAAUUAACACUGAAGUAGUACAACCUGGAGGACCAGAAGUACAUAUACACAUACUUGAAUGGGUGCGUAAUGAAGUUAAUAACCAGCGUAUCGAAAGCGUCGUGGAUCCAAAAUUACAGGGAAAGUAUAAGAUGGAUUCUGUUAGGAAAGCUAUACAAACUGCCAUGGCUUGUGUGCCUCUAACCGGAGCCGAAAGGCCAGACAUAGAUGUUGUCUAUAAGGAUUUAGAGCAAUGCUUGAAAAUGGAGUCGGCUCCUGAUCCUGAACCAAGGACUACAGUGAGCGAUGAUAUUAGCAGGUGCGUGAUAUCAUAAGUUAAUGCUAUAUGUAAACACAAUUUACUAAUUAAUUUGUAUAACUUUGUAUUUUUAUGGUACAAUUAUUUGAAA